UGUCACAGUCGUACGGGUAGUAGCUAGUUUCUAAGUUUGUAGUAGAAGUAUAGAGAAGGCCGUACCUGAAGUUGAGGUUAUCUAGUUCCGUGUACGAAAUAGUUAAGCAAGUAAAGCCUAAGAGCACAAACCAUGGCCUCCAUGUAUCCAACGGGCAAGCGACUGGGGCAGUCUAUGCCAACCCUUGCCACAGAAACAGAAACACAGAAAAUGUUGGCAGAUGAGAAAAUGAGGAGCGAACAACAUCGAACUAAUUAUCAAACUCUCAAGGCAGAACACACAAGGCUCCAAGAUGAAUACACCCAGAUGCAGAACGAACACAGGAACACAAUCGAAGAGAGCAAACUUAUGCAGGAGAAAUACAAGUCGUUGAUUGAACAAGGCAAACGGGAAAAUGCUGAUUUAAUUGCUCAAGUUGAUGAUCUCAAAACUCAGGUUGUGACGCCGCAGCGCCUGGAUAUCAUGCGCAUGCAGAUUGCUGAUGAAUUAGAACGCGUCUACAAGGAAAGGUUCGGCACCCUUGAGGCAGAGACGGAACGAUAUCGUUCAGAGUAUAACAAGCUACGCUACGAAUACUCGUUCCUCAAGUCUGAGUAUGAGCAUGAUAAAGUUGAACAGCAGAGGAUACUUGAUGAGAUGAAGUUACAGCAUGAGGCGGAGGUGACCAAUCUAAGGAAAGAACGAGAGGCAACGAUAGCAAGACAGUUAUCCGAGGUCAGCCAUGACACUCAGAAAGUCCGCCAACUCCAGCGAGAUAAUGCUCAGUUACAUUUGAAAGUGAAGGGAUUGUUGUCCGAGUUGGAAGAGAUCCGUGCGCAGAGGGAGCAUCUUGGGAUGCAGUCUGACCACGUCAGUCGGAUCCAGACGAAACAAUUGACCGAGCAUGCUUCAAAUAUCCGAGCUCUCCAGACGGAACGUGAUUCCCUCCGAGCACAAUUAGACAGCGUAACGCGAGAACUGACAAACUAUUCCGAUGAAAACAACCGCCUCACAUCCCGCGUCCACGAACUUGAGAAAGAGAACAUCGUCCUGAGGAAUCGUGUGGAUGAAUUAUCGCACCGCGGAAAGGUAGACAUGACCAAUCUCAGGAUGGAGAUGAUGAAGAGUAACGGAGAGCUUGAGAGGGAGAGGGACAAGUUACAGAGUGAAGUAGAAGAUCUCCAAUCUCAACUGGAGAUAGCCAAACACACUCUCCAGCAGCAGAGUAACAGCUUGGUGGAGAAGGAGAGGGACUGCGUCAAGAAGAUUCAGGUUGCAAGAGAGGAGGAGUGGAGCAAGAUGACCAAGAUUGAAAAUGAGAAAUUGGAGCUCGAAACGAAGCUGCAAGAGGUUGAACGUCGGCGUAUUGAUGAAGAAGGUCGCCUUCACCAGGAGAGAGAAAAGAUGAACGAACAAAUCAGGGCAGCUGAGGAUGCGCGGGAAACUGCUGAAAAGGAGACACUGGUUUUCAGGACAAAGUUCCAACAACACCAAUCAGUCCUAAACCAACUAGAGCAAGAGCGCUCAGAAAAUUCCGACCUGAAAGCAAGAAUCCAUCGCAUUGAAAACGAACUCACAGCAUUUGUCACAAGCGAACGAGAAAUCUUGGAGGAGAACUCGCACCUGCGAAGCCAAAAUGAUAUGCUCGACAACGAACUAAAGAGAACACACGGGGAUUUGAAUCGCGAUAAGGAGGGAUGUGAAAAACUUCUUGCUCAACAUCGGGCGAUGUGGAUAGAUGAGAAAACCCAGUUGCACGGACGACUAGCAGAAUUGGAUGAACAGCUUGCGGCCACGAACAAGAAGCUUAAUCAGGCAACAGUCGUGCACAAAAAGAGGAAGCGACGGUAUCAAAAAUAUGCCCGCGCCUUGAAGGACAAGUGCGAGCUGUUGAAGGCAAAGUGUGAGAAGUUGUCACUGGAGAAAGGAGCCCUCAAAAAUUCCGUCUCAUCAGAUGCUUACAGUAAGGUACGCCGUCAGCUGAAGGACCUGACCCGUCGCCAUACCGAGUUCCGUAACAUCAUGAUGAUGGGAACGAAUUACAAGGAUGUCCUCAUCGGCCAAUCAGAACUAUUGAUGCCAAUAUCAAACGAUUUCGAAGAACAGGAAAAACAACACCAACGUGACCUCCAAGUCGUACGUCAACGACUCGAAACUCUCGACAACAAACAACAGGAACAGAUGGACGAAAUGUCGCGCCUAAACGCAACAACGACAUACCCGGAAUCCCAGGUUGAGACGGAUGAAUGCUAAUGCUCCCUAGUGUCAAGAAAAGGUGCUAAGUUUAUGGAAAAACGAGAACCACAGAUACAUGUAUUUAAUGAAGAUUCUAGACUUUUUGAUAAAAACAAAGUCAAUUUUUACAAGUCAUAAUAAAUUGGACAAUCUACACUCCAUGUAUUAUAGGUCUGGUGUUAUUUUCUUGUCAUAAGGAUAACAUUACUUAUACUGUGGAAAUAGUUUUAGAUUUUCCUAAAGAUCAUGUUUUCAUAAAUUUGCAUGGUCAUCUUGUAUUUGGUAAGUGUCCUCCAUCAGGUUUUCAUCACACAAAUCAAGUCCUUUUGUCAAAAUCAAAAUAUUGUAUUUGUAGAUGCCCUUCUUGACCUCGACAGGGUUGAAGGGCGUGUUGCAAGCUUUCCAUAAUGCCCGCCGAACACAAUCAAAUUGUUCUGAAAAUGCUACUUCAGGUUAUGUGUUGGUUGUCAUUGGUCUGAAUUAUCAUUUUCAGAAAUUGGAAGAAAAAUUGAUGAAUGGUUAAUCAAUGGUCCAUCUGCCUUAUUUGAUCCAUUUAUGUUUUAAAUGUGAGAGUUAGUUAGUUGCUAACUAUAUCUAUAGGAUAGAUGCUGAAUAGUUCCCGAGUUUGUAGAGAGGUAUAGAGUUAUUUACCUGCAUAGUUUACCCACUUAAGCUAUGUGACCAAGUGACCUGAAGUUGAGGUCGGAUUUACAACUCUAAACCUCUAUUAAUAAAAUAGAAGUAGUGCUCAUUAGUAGUGUAACAUAGCUUUUAAUUUAUCGAUUUUUUAUCUUAUUAGAAUCAUUCUGUAGCUUAAUAUUAUGAUGUAAAUGUUUAUUUAUUCAGAAGAUCUAACACAACGAAAACUACAGUGGAACCUCCCUUAGCAGACACCUCUCUAUUAAGGACACCAGUUUUGUUCCCAAAUUGGUCCUUUCCAUUUAAUUUGACCUUUCUAAUCAGGGCACCUCUCUAUUAAGGACAGCAUUUGCCAGUCCCGAGGGUGUCCUUAAUAGAGAGGUGCUACUGUAGUUUAUGCUAAUCAUAUAUCAGAUUCAUGAGAAAAUUUCAACUGCUAUGCAUUAAACAUUCGAUUUUGGCAGUAAAUGCAGUGACCAAUUUCACCAACUUUAGCUUUGCAAACAUUUCACAGUGGUACAGUAUAUUAUUUCGUGAAGGCUUCAUGGAGUAGCGCUACCUAUCAAAUCUACAAAGAUACAUGAUCUAACAUGUGAUAUAAUGUCAUUUGAGUAUGCCCACUAACAUGAAUAUUAGCUACAUUCCAGACCUAUUCCUAUCUAGAUAGCUGGGGUAUAUUUACUGAAGGUGUUUAGCAAAGGAAAUGUAGGGUGUCCUGUAUAUAUGUAGCAUGGAAUAUAUAAGUUUAUGAUAAAGAUUUUUAUU